GUUCCUGGCCUACGAAGGGCUGCGGGGCUCGGGCGCGGCAGGAUCACUGCCCCCGGGCGUGGCAGGGGCUGUGGCUACAUUGGCGGCCAACGCGGUGACCACGCCCCUGGACGUGGUCCGGACGCAGGUGAUGUGUGAAGGGACCAGCAAGACGGCGUCCCCCAACGCCCUGGAGAAGUUGAAGGAGCUCCUCAGUUCGGGUGACUCCGAGCAGAUCUGGUCAGGCUUCGGCUGGCGCCUGGGCCGGGGGAUCGUGGCCGGUGCGAUCCAGUUCACCGUCCUGGAGGGUACGAAGGAUGCUGUGGAGGGCCGGCGGUAG